AUGGAAGAAAUACCAAACAAACUAAGGUUGUAUGGAACUGAGGCAGGCCCUUUUGUUCGUAGAGUAAUAUGGGCUCUUAAACUUAAAGGUGUUGAGUAUGACUUUGUCCAAGAAGAUCUUUCCAACAAGAGUCCUUCCCUUCUGCACUACAAUCCCAUCCACAAGAUGGUUCCGGUGCUCGUCCACGCCGGAAAGCCCAUCACAGAGUCGGCUGUGAUACUCGAAUACAUCGAGGAAACAUGGCCUGACCCCACACCAUUGCUCCCCAAACAUCCUUACGAGAGAGCCAUGGCUCGUUUCUGGAUCGCCUACGGAGAUCAAAAGCAUCACGUAUUUCACAGCUUCCUUGCGUGCUCAGAGGAGGGUAAAGAGAAGGCGGCGAAAGACCUGCUGGAAAUGUUGAAGAUCGUUCAAGAUGAGGCUUUAGGAGAUCAAAAGUUCUUUGGUGGUAACACGCUUAGUUUGGUGGACUUGUGUUACGGUUGGCUUACCUCGUUGAAGUACGUGGAACGAGUCGUGGGCGUGCGGGUGCUGGAGCCCACGACUCUUCCAAAGCUGUACCGGUGGAUGCAAGAUUUCAAGGAAGAGCCUCUGGUUAAGGAGAAUCUUCCAGACUUGGAGGCGAAGUUGCCAGAGCUCGAAACCUUAAGGAAGCAUCUUGUGUCGACCAACAAGUGAUGGGAGUCUUGGAUAACACUUCGAGAGUCACUAUUUUGUUAGAGGUAGUUACCUUUCCCGGAAGUGCACUGGUCUCCUCACCUAAUCGAAGGCUGAUAAGAAUAUAUCGUCAGAAUAUCCCCAUAUCUCUAUUAUUCCAUAUAUUAUUGAUUUAGCAUAUCUUUCCAAUUUCUUGAUAAUUAAGUUUGGUU